UACGUAUUUACAUUUUCUCCAUUACAAUAAAUCUAUAUUGGAUCAAUAAAUGAUGCUUCUAAUUUAUAAUUCCUGGAGUAAAAACAAAUCAAGCAUAUUAUUAAUUGUAAGGUUAAUUAAAUUAAAUAGUUUUGGUACCUCUGAAUGCCCAAAUGUGUAUGAAUUCAAAUAAAAGUUUAAUUACUUGAAAUUAAACAUUUAAGAAUAAGGUGAGAUCAUUUCUAAUCAAGUUUUGUAAUGGUUCUAACAUAACAUAGAGGGAAAUGUUUUAAUUCACAGUUAAUUUGGAAUUAAUAGAGCACCAGCAUUAAUUGCAUCUAUAGUUUAAUAGAUCACUUAAUUUAAUUUAAAUGAAAUAUUAUAAACAAUAUCUUUCAAGAAGCCUGAUAUUAAAGUUUCAAGUAAAAUCUAAGAACAAAAAGAACUUAUUCAAUUAGAUUAAUAUUUUUAAUAAAUCUCAGCUUAACUAAAACCUUAAAUUAAAUCCUAAAAGAAUUGUGCUUUUAAAUGUGUUAAGUGUAGAACUGAUGUUUUUGUAUCAACCGUUUUGGUUCAUGGAAUAAGUAAUUUUUAUUUCUUAUAUCUUAGAGCCUGAAUGUAAUCAUUAUUUCGUUGAAAGACCUCUUUUCAUUGAAGAAUAUGAAUAAGAUGGAAAAAUAUCUUGCUAAAAAUGUAAUUAAAGAGUUGGUGAUUUUAAAUAUAUUGGAUCUAAAUGUAAUUGUGGAGAAUACAUAUGUCCUGCUUAUAUGUAUAAUAAAUCUAAAGUUGAUAAAAAAAUUAUAUGA